CCUGGUCUGGUCUGUUUAUUUGUUAUGACUACAUGACUCAUGACUGAUGACAUCACUGUUUCCAGCUCUAUGCUCCUCAGCUCAUCCUUACCAGCCACGCGGAUUAGAGCCUUCGUCAUAAGGAACAGCGCGAGUCGCCUGUCCGUACGUAGAUCGAACAGGCGGGCGAUGGUUAGUCAUAGGGUUAGGGUUGACCAAACAAUGCGGCGCCGCAGGCGUGUAGAGUUUCUGGUCGCGUUGCGAUGCUACCGUCGAAACCACUAAGAAAUCCUUAGCUGCGCUCUGCGUACUCCCAAGUGUUGCGCAAACCUAAUCGUUUACCCUAGUUUCUCCGUAGUCGCCGUUCAUUCGUUCGAUUAAGAUAGCCUUCUUCUCGCGUACGGGGAAACUCUCUCUGUAGUUGGAGUUAAGUUAAGGGGGGUUUAAAGCCCUAGAGCAACGGCACGACCCACUCGAGGCUGUAAGCUGAGGCGGUAGUCGGAGCAGGCAUACUAAUUCGGCUUAUAUGUGUCACUAUACAGUACUGCUCAUGCCUCAUAUGUGUAUGACUCAUACCCGUUAUACGCGCCUCUGAGGUUGAGGUUGCGGGUAGUCGGUUCAUCUAGGUGUCUACGCGUUUCUUUCGCGCCUCGCUCUCUCGCCUUACCCUCCCGCGCUUUCCGCUCGCUCCGCCCUUCCCAUGCAAAAGCGUUACCUUCCGCCCGCCCCCGACGGUCCCCGCGGCGGGAUGGGCGGAAGCCGUGGCGGAGGGUUGGAGCGCACGGGCAGCGGAACCUGGAUGGGCGCAGGGGGGACGCUGGACCCGCAGAAGGCUGCGCAGAAAGUUGCGCUUUCCGCCCUCCGCUCCCCCGGUAGCGCAGCUACGGUAAAGGACGCGGGGGAAAAGGGGAGAUUCGGAGGAGCAGCAGGGGGCGCACCGGGUCAGGGAGGGCGCGCAGGUUGGGGGGCAGGCGGCGCAAGCCCGGGGGGAGGCGGGGUCACGCCCAAGGCGGAAAAGGGGAAAUCAGGGGAAGGGAAAUGGCGGUUCGGGUUCGCGUCGCGUCAGGAUGCGCGAUCCGCGUCAUCAUCCGCGCGCCUCGGCCCGUCGUCCUCUGGUCUUAUGGGGCUGUCCUUAAGCGGCAGCAGCGGGGACGGGCCGCUAAAGCGCAUGGCGCGGCGCAUGUUUCCGCCCGUAUCCACCGCCGCCACCUCUGGUUGGCCGGGCAGCAAGGGCGGCUCCGCCCUCUCGUUAGUAAGCCUUGGCGGCUACCGCGCUCUUCGCGGCGGUGGCGGAACCAGCGGGGGAGCCGCCGGCGGCGCGUCUGGCGCUGCCGGAGCAGGCGUGGCGGGGGGAGGCGCUAGCGGGGGACCCGCCGCGGGGGGCGCGCAAGCCGGCGGAACGGUUAAGACCGAAAUGCUCGCGUUCGAGAUCGGAUGCAUCAUGCGGCGCCUCCUAGAAAUCGACGACGCGACGAGCGAGCGGUCCCUCGCGGCGCUGCGCGCCAACCUCCAGGCGCCCGGGGUGGUAACCCUAAUCUCCGCGGAUCUGCAGCUGCUGUGGAGCCUGGCGGGCGCGGAAAAGGCGGAGGAGCUGCAGAGCGUUGCGCUGAGAGUGGCGGUGCUCGGGCGCAAGUGCCGCCACCCUGGAUUGCGCGCGCUGGGCGACACGCUCGACCGACUCACCGCUCCCCCCGCCGCUGCCGCCGCUGCUGGUUCUGCGAGUGAUGGCCGUGCUGCUGCUGCUGCCAAUGUCGCCGGUGCGCUGGGAGGCGCGGAUGGUGCGGGCAACAGUGGGGCGGGGAAGAUUGCCUGGGCGGGGGGGUUCGCGAGCGCGCGGAGCGGCGCUGCAGGAUCGCGGGGCGCGCGGGGAGGGGGCGGGGGCGGGGGUGGGGCCGGCCCCGCGGGGGUGGACUUGGCGCAGUUCGCGGCGUCUACCUCGGAAGCCGAGGCGCUGAUGAGGUUCUUGAGGGAGCAAGCAGAGGCUACGGAGAGACUCAAGGCGGAGAUGGAGUCCAUCCAGCAGCUGCACCGCCGCAUCCAGGCGUACGGCGAGUGGAACAAACUUCAAGACAUGGUAGCACAAGGCAAGGCCAUCGAGAAGCUGCAGUCGCACUGCCUGUGGGCGCUGGACCUCGACUACCUGGUGCAGCUGCUGGUCGCCGCGCUCUGCCUCGUGCGCGCCAGGAUCCUCGCCGCGUUCGGCCCCGCGCCCGCCGCGCCCCCCCCGCUGUGCGCGGUGUCGCUGGGCGCGUGGGGGCUGGCGCUGCACUAUGCGAAUGUGGUGGUGCUGCUGGAGAGGAUCAUCCAGCAGCCCGAUACCGUCAUGGGGAACACGAGGGACGAGCUCUACGACAUGCUGCCACGUGGCAUCCAGCACGCGCUGCGGUGCCAGCUGCAGGACCCUGGGAACUUCCUGCCGGACGGGCGCGUGGAGGCGAACCUCAAGCGCGGGCUGCUGCUGCUGCCCACCAUGGCGCACAACACCAUCUUCUGGCAGUCGCUGCACACGCCGGGGACUGUCAUGGGCGUUGAUGAAGUGGUCUUCCAAGUGCAGACCUUCUACUACGCCAAUCGGGACAGCGUGGACGCCGCGCUAGUCGACGUGCUGCUGGGCCUCUGCCGCAUAUGUGGUGUGGAGGACCCCAUCCUCGGCCCGCUCGCUGCUGCCCACAUCAUCUCCACCACCAGCAGCAAAAGCAAAAGCAGCAGCACCACCAUCACCACCAGCACCACUAAAACCACCACCAGCAGCAGCAGCAGCAGCAGCAGCACCACCACCACCACCACCACCAAAAGCACCAGGAAAGGCUCUGGUGCCUCAUUCCCCUCCGAUGAUUACGAUGAUGAGGCGUCUGUUUUCAGCGGGAGCUCCUUCGCUGCGCCCUCUUCGGCUUCCCCUCCCGAGUCCCUCGACUGCCCCUUCCGCUCCAACACACCUGAUGCCGCGUGCACCACCGCAACCCAGUCAUCUGCAUCAUCAACCGCAUCUACAGCAGCGGCAGCAUCGACGGCAGCAGCGGCGGCAGCAGCAGUGCUCGCUCGGGGGGAUCCGUACCUAAGCGACGCUCAGUUCUUAGCUAAGUACGGGCCGAGUGAGGUGCAGCAGAGGGGGAGGAAUUGGUGGGGCGGGGCUGUGGUGAAAGUAACAGAGGAUGGCAGUGGGAGGAAGGCUUGGAGGGAGAGACAACAGGCUGUCAGGACAGAGGGAGAGAGUGAAGGAGGAGGGGAUAGGGGAAGAGGAGGAGAGAGAAAGGGAGAGAGAGGAGGGGAGUGGGGAGCAGGGCUAGCAGGAGGGGGAGAGAGGAAGACUGGUUCCAGCCCUUACCAAGAAUCACAACAAAAUCUCGCACCAGCAUCAGCAGCAGCAGCUGAGACGGGGAGAGCAGAGCAAAGCUGUGAGGAGGAGCGGGGAGGGAAAGGGGGGGGGCGAGGUGGGAGCCGAUUCACAGCAGCAACAGCAGCGGCGGCAGCAGCGUCGCCGUUGCGACUGGUGUCGGCUGCGCUCACGCACGCAGCAGCCGCGAGAGGCAGGCACCGGCGAUCGUCCAGCAGAGGGGUGCUGUGGCUGGUGGGCGAAGGGAGGGGGAAGGACUUUGGGGCGGAUGCAGAAGGGGGCGAUGGGGGUGAGGGUGGGGAGGGUGUGCGCGGGGGAGAGGAGGGAGGAAGUGGGGAGGGAGGAAGCGGGGAGGGAGGAAGCGGGGAGGGAGGAGGCGGAUGUGAUGGUGCUUUUGAGUCGACUCAAAAGUCUGCUGGCAUGGAGAAUUGUGGCGAGGGUGAGUUGUUGCGUGCGCAAGGUAGUGAGGGAUGCAGCAGGAGCAGCAGCCUCAGCAGCAUCAGCACGGCGUCUAUCAUCUCGCCCUCCUCUUUUUCCUCCUCCACCACCACCACCCCUAGCAGCAUCACCAGCCGAAGCAGCUGGAGUGGCAGCAGCAGCAGCCACAGACCCAGCAGCAGCAGUGACGCUGGCAGUAACACCAACUGUAACACUGGGAAAAGCACCGGCAACACCAGCAACACCAGCAGCAGCAGCAGCAGCAGCAGCAGCAGGGGGGGGGGGAGGAGGAGCAGUGCGAGCAGAGGAAGUCAUGGUAUGGAGGUCCCGGCUCUUAUCCCGCGCUCGGAGUCCUGCCAUGCCGCACCCACAUACAUCAAAGCACUUGCACAGAGCACCCACGACACCCUAGCAAACGCCCCCAUGCAUAGCAUACACAUGAGCACAGACAUGACCUCAGGCUUGGGCUUGGGCAUGGGGGGCAUGGGGGGCAUGGUGGGCAUGGUGGGCAUGGGGGGCAUGGGUAUGGAUGUGGAUUCCAACAUGGUGGCAGCGAUGGCCAUGAGUGCUGCAGGGCAGCAGUACAUCCCGCGCAGCGUCAGCAUGAGCUAUGCCACUACCACCAUGGCGCUGCCUCUCUCCCGGGGGGACUCCGCUGCCUAUGCCAUGAGCCUCAGCGCAUCCUCCUCCCCUGCUGACUCCCUCCAUGCGUCCCCCUCGCUGCAUGCAUCCCCCUCCCUCCGUGCAUCCCCCUCUCUCCACUCACCCUCCCGUAGUGACAGACCCUCUUCACCGCUGCUGCCGGCGCCGUCUCAGCCCUCCCGCUGCUCUCCCUCCUCCCGCACUCCACUCGGGGACAGGCCACUCGGAGGGGCGGCAGCUGCAGCAGCGGCGGGGGCAGUAGCAACGGCAGCUAAAGGGGGAGGAGCAGCAGCGGGGAGUGUAGGCAGGAAGGCAGUGGAGUCAAGGGAGGAGGAAGAGGGGGAUGAUCCGGUGUGGGGCUCUAGUCUUGGCACCGCUGUUGGUGGUGGUGGCAGGAGCAGCAAAAGUGGUACUGCUAGCAGGAUUGUUGGCAGUGCUGCCAGCAGCAAGGGUAGCGGUGGUACCUGCGUUUCCAGCAGCAGCAGCAGUGUCAUUAGUAGCAACAAUGGAGCGUGUGGGAGCAGUGCGGACAGGGCCAAGCACAGGCGGAUUCCAUGGAUCAUUGAUGGCGGAAAUGAGCCAUCUGGAUGAGUUGACAGGCGAUGGGACGAUUGGGUAAAGUUAUAGCGUGCAUGAUUGGCAACUCGUCUUGUAAUAUAUGCUUUUGUUGAGUGCACCUAAUUACAUUGUGGAGCAUUGUGUAUGCUUUUGAUCAAUAUUUCCA